AUGGCCGACUCCGAUGGCGAGUACCAUGACAUGUCCGAUGAUGACUUGCAGGUCGCCAACGGGAAAGGCGGCGAUGCGAUAAAAAGUGGAAAGAAGGCAAAGAGCGGCAACUCCAAGGCGCGAUGGGAGGAGGUCAAGCGAAGUUGGGAGCAAGUCACAGAAGGCGCCGACGGCAGUCUCGCGGUCGGGGCAAGCUUGGAGGCUGAGAAGAGGAGGAGACUACUCAGAGAUACGACGCCACUGCAGCGCGGAAUCAUCAGGCACUUGGUGCUGGUGCUAGACAUGUCAUUUGCCAUGACCGAGAAGGACAUGCUACCGAAUCGCUACCGUGUAGCCUGGGCAUACGCGGCCGACUUUGUCAAGGAGUACUUUGAGCAGAACCCAAUUUCGCAGCUGGGCAUCAUCGGAAUGCGGGACGGCGUAGCGAUUCGGAUCAGCGAGAUGAGCGGCAAUCCGACAGACCACCUGGAGAAGCUGAAGACGUUCGAGGGCCAAGAUCCGUCAGGCAAUCCGAGUCUGCAGAAUGCGCUCGAGAUGUGCCGCGGUGCACUUUUCCACGCGCCCUCCCAUGGCACACGAGAAGUCCUCAUCGCAUUCGGCGCCCUCCUGUCCUCCGACCCGGGCGACAUCCACGACACAAUAUCCUCCCUCAUAACCGACCGAAUCCGCGUAACCAUUGUCGGCCUCGCGGCGCAGGUCGCCAUCUGCGCCGAAUUGUGCAGCCGCACCAACGCCGGCGACGAUACCCAGUACAGCGUCUGCAUGAACGAUGCCCACUUUCGCGACCUCCUCCUCGCCGCCACGACCCCGCCCGUCACCCGGACGGUCGCUCAGAGCACAGCCUCCUUGCUCAUGAUGGGCUUCCCCUCUCGCACCCUCGCGCAGGGCGAUUCGACAGCGGUAUGCGCUUGCCACAACAAGCCCGCCCGCGAAGGCUACCUCUGCACACGCUGCGCUACCCGUGUGUGCCGUCUGCCCAUCGAGUGCCCCGCCUGCAGCCUGACACUCAUCCUCUCCACCCAUCUCGCCCGCUCAUACCACCAUCUCUUCCCGUUGAGGAACUGGGUCGAGGUUCCUUGGGCCGCAGCCGCCAAGUCCAAAGCUUGCUACUCGUGCCUCACCAACUUCCCGGAACCACCCAAGGCUUCCAAGAAGAGGGACAAGGGCAAGGAUCAUGAUGGUGUUCUUACGACGACGGGUCCAGUCGCUCCGACCCCAGUAAAGGCGGCUGAGCUGAAGGGGGUCAGCGAAAGUGGACGAUAUGCCUGCACGGUGUGUGAUAAUCACUUUUGCAUCGACUGCGAUGUCUACGCCCACGAGGUCAUUCAUAAUUGCCCUGGAUGUCAAAGCGAUACCCGCGGGGCGGCGAUGGAGGUGAUAAACGAGACAAAUGGAACACAUGAGCAUCAAACCAACGGGACAGCCAUGGUGCUGGACUCAUGA